ACUUUUCUUCCCUCCUUCACCUUGCCCAGUGUCCAGCCCACUCAGGACCACAGUCAAUACUCAUUCCGCUCUCAUUUUCCUGUCGGCAUGAGCGCAUCGCAUCAUAAGCUUUGACUUUCUUGACGUUACGACGAUCCCGGGAAGUAAUUCCUGCGCCAUGACGGCAAAUGAGGAAUCAUGGGACCUCGACACCGAUGAGAUCCGCUCAGUCGACUCGGAAGAGCUUUACGAGACCAGGCCCAACCGGUGGAGAGGCCAAAAGUCGACAUGGCAGACCUAUACGCAGGAGGAGCGGCUACUGCACCGGUCCAUGGAACAGCUUCGGAACCGAGACUUGUCGGUGCAUCUCUACAACGCGUUUGCGCUGAAGCACCGUCCCGUGCGACCGUCGGCAACGGCAGAGCCCGCCGAUGCAGAGGACGUCGAGAAACCGCUGCAGGAAGUCGUCGACAGCGGCGAGUGGCGCCCGCCGAAUCUGUGGACGGCGUGGCCCAUGAACCACAGGAAUGUGCCGGGCGACGAUUUCCUGAAGGAGACCCACGACGAGGACGACGUCUUCACCUUCUGCUCCAAGAAGGAGCUACUGCCCAGCACGGCUCUGGAAGAGGAGCUCACGGCCACGAUCCUGCGCCAGGCGAAGGAGCGUUUCCGCCGCCGCCAACGGAAAUACUACGAGAGGAAUGCCACCAGAGCCCGCGACGAGUCCGCCUACGAAACAACGGGGGCGUCUUCGGCGGCGGCUCACUCGGCCAUUUCAUCAGACGACAACGAUGAUGAUGUUCCAUCGAACGAAGAAGAUGCCAAAGAAAAGCCCGACGAAAGGGCCGGAAAGGCCGAAAAGCCCAAGCGCUCCAAGACCUACGAGGCAGUAGUGUCCGCCAACGACGACCUCUCGGCAAACCUCCUCCGUCCAUCUGUUCGUCACAUUCUCUCCACGCUCGACAACACCCUCACCGCACUCCACAAUUCCCGCGUUGCCGGCCUCAGCUACAUGACCGACUCCUCCGCCUCGGCCACCGACGGCGAGGCGUCCGAAACCUCGGAUGCAGACAGUGUCUCGUCCGCCGUGUCGCGCGCCUCAUCGGCCACGAGACGCAAGAGGAAAGGCGCCCCGCGCAGCAAGGCCCCGCGGACGCCCGAGCCGGAGAGGAAGACCACAGAGAGGCGGGGCCGGCCAAGGAAGGCGCAGCUCCCGCUGCCGGGGGAGACGGAGAAGGAGAUGAAGAUCCGGAUCGCGAGGGAGCAGAAGAAGCGCAUCCCGUUCUCGUCGGACGAGGAGGAUAGCGCCGAUCAAGUCGAGGAGGAGGUGAAGAGGAAGAAGGGGGGCAAGGAGGCGGCGGAGAUGUCGGAGACGUCGAGGUCGCCACGCAAAAAGGAGGACCUGCCGCCCGAGGCCCGCCUCGAAAUCAGGACCAAGACCCGAGAGGCGAUCCUUGGGGGUUGGGGGCUAAGAGACUGGAGCGACGUCAUUGGCGCGGCGUCCCUUGCGGGUUUCAAGCCCGAAGUCGUCGCCCGGGCGGCGCAGCGGUGCGCAGACCUAUUCGGCGAGGGGAUGGAGAUGCACACGCUCUUCGAGGGCCCGGCAUCUAAGGGACCGAAGCCUCAGAGGACGCGGUACCUCCCCAGCGACCGCCACAACCGCCGCGCCUCCUCGUCUAUCUCUGGCUCGGAUUCCGAGGUCGAUCGGCCGGUGGUACGACGACGCGUCCGUUCAAGACAGGGCAGCCUCGCGCGGGACAGCGUGCCGCCGAGCGACUCCGACGUUACCGGCGCCGCUCGCGGACGGAGCUCUCGCGCGCCGAGCCGGGCCCGCAGCGCGUCCCGCAGCUCCUCGGUCGGGCUCUUCUUCUGUCCCGUGGCCGGGUGUCCGCGUUCGGCGGAAGGGUUCGCGAGGAGGGCGAACCUGUUGCGGCACGUGGCGAGUAUCCAUCCUGGGCAGGCCGUAGAGGCGGGCGACGUGGAGAGCGAGGACGAGAUGGACGGCGCGGUGCACGUCGACGGGUUUCUGAAGCCCAUUCGGGCCAGGAAGGGCUGGAGGGCCGAGGAUACGGGGACGAGGAAGCGCAAGAGACAUUAUCGCGGGCGGAGGGUGGAGGAGAGCGGUGCGAGUGAGGGGAGCGGUGUCGGGGAGGAGUCAGUGUGGGAUUCCACAUGAUGGAAGCUUCUUGGCAGGUGGUUCUCU